ACCUCAGAACCAUCAGAUUAAACUACCUAUCAUUCAUCGACGCCACGCCGGUCGCGAGGCCGUUCCAGUGUCCCCAUCCCGCACCGCCGGCUCGACGAGAACUUCACACGGGCGCUCGACGAGAACGACGGGGAAAGCGAGGCCACACGCCCAAACCGUGCUACUCCCGAGCGGCGGCGGCAUGGAGCAGGAGCGGCCGGCGGCAGUGGUGGCGAGGAACAGGAAGGUGCUGCUGCGCGGGUACAUCAGCCGUGCGCCUAGGGAGGACGACAUGGAGCUCGUCGACGGCGACUCCGUGGCGCUGCGCGUCCCCGAGGGCGCCGGCCCCGCGGUGCUGGUGAAGAACCUCUACCUCUCCUGCGACCCCUACAUGCGCGGCAGGAUGCGGGACUUCCACGGCUCCUACAUCCCGCCGUUCAAGCCAGGAUCGGUAAUUGAAGGGUUGGGCGUAGGGAGAGUGGUGGACUCCACUCAUCCAGGAUUCACUGCAGGCGACAUUGUUUCGGGGAUGACUGGCUGGGAAGAGUAUAGUCUGAUCAGCAAGCCUGAGCAGAUGAGGAAGAUUCAGCAGAGCGACAUACCACUCUCUUAUCAUUUGGGGCUGCUUGGCAUGCCUGGUUUUACAGCUUAUGUUGGAUUCUAUGAGAUAUGUUCACCAAAGAAAGGGGAAUUUGUCUUUGUUUCUGCUGCAUCUGGAGCGGUUGGCCAGAUUGUCGGUCAACUUGCAAAGCUCCAUGGCUGCUAUGUUGUUGGAAGUGCUGGAACAAAUCAGAAAGUUGAGCUCCUGAAGGAAAAGUUUGGAUUUGAUGCAGCUUUCAAUUACAAGGAAGAGCCUGACUUGACUGCUGCCUUGAAAAGGUACUUUCCUGAAGGUAUUGACAUCUACUUCGAAAACGUAGGUGGGCCAAUGCUUGAUGCUGUACUUCUUAACAUGCGGAUGCACGGCCGCAUUGCAGUAUGUGGGAUGGUCUCACAGCAUGGGUUAACUGCUCCUGUUGGGAUCCACAACCUCUUCUGCCUGGUGAGCAAGAGGAUACAUAUGAAGGGAUUUAUCCAGAGCGAUCACCUCCACCUGUUUGUACAGUUUGUCGAUGACAUUACCAAGCAUUACAGAGAUGGCAAGAUUGUGUAUGUAGAAGAUAUGAGUGUCGGGCUGGAGAACGGACCUGCUGCCUUUGUCGGUCUGUUCAGUGGUAAAAAUCUGUGUUUCUACGCCAUCAGCUGCAUCUUAUCCUCGUGUUCUGGCAGCGGCAGUGACGUCCAGUGCUUGAAGGACCUGAAAGAAUCUCUGGGUGAUCCCAAUGGCGAACUCUCCACAUGGAAUUUCACCGACGACGGCUUAGAAGAGGAAGGGUACAUAUGCCUAUUCAAAGGAGUCGAAUGCUGGAAGCCGGGUGAGAGCAGAGUCCUGUCCUUGCGCCUCGCCAACCUGGGGCUUCAAGGCUCGUUCCCUCGAGGCCUUGAGCUCUGCAGCAGCAUGACAGCCCUGGACCUGUCAGGCAACGGCCUCACAGGGCCCCUCCCUGCGGACAUCCACCUGCAGCUGCCGUACCUCACGGAUCUGGACCUCGGGUACAACAGCUUCUCAGGCGAAAUCCCGGGCACCGUCGCAAACCUGACGUACCUGAACGUCCUCGGCCUUGAGCACAACCGGCUCACCGGCCGGAUCCCGGAGCAGAUCGGCGAUCUUGCUCGGUUAACUUCGCUUAAUGUUGCAGAUAACUCGUUGUCAGGUCCCAUCCCGGAGUCUCUCCAGAAGUACGGGGCUGCAAGCUUCGCUGGUAACGGAGGGCUCUGCGGGGCACCGAUGGACCGCAAGUGCAAGAAGCGAUUCCGGGUGCGGCCCGCUCGGAUACAUCUCGAGCUCCGCAAGAUCAACGACGCGUCUAGCAUCGGCGCCGCGGUGGGGUUCGUCGUGGGGUUCGUGGUGGCCUUCUACUUCCCGCACUGGUUCGUCUUCUGUGGGAGUCUCCGGCCGUACAUCUUCCGUGUGUGCGUCUAAUACGUCGGAGAUGAUCAAAUACUAAAUAAAAGUCUUUGGGAUAAUGGCUCGAACUAUAGAAGGAUCCGUUGAAUUCAACCCUAUAAAGAGUCUAUAAAUAUAGAGAACUUUUACAGUA